CUGUUUUCUCUGGGAGGGGGGCCCCGCCAAAAUGGGCACUGCCGCAGAGCCUCGGUUCCACGUCUUGGCCGUCGACGACAGCCUCGUCGAUAGGAAGCUCAUCGAGAGGCUCCUCAAGAUUUCCUCUUACCAAGUGACUACAGUUGAUUCUGGCAGUAAAGCUCUGGAGUUUCUGGGUUCCCGUGGAAACGAUGACCGAAGCAGCUCCGAUCCUCUCCCGUCCGUUUCGCCGAACGAUCAUCAGGGAGUGGAGGUGAAUCUCAUCAUCACGGACUACUGUAUGCCCGGAAUGACCGGGUUCGACUUGCUCAAGAAAAUCAAGGAAUCUUCAUCUCUGAGAGACAUCCCGGUGGUCAUUAUGUCAUCCGAGAAUGUCCCUUCAAGGAUCACCAGAUGCUUGGAAGAAGGGGCGGAGGAAUUUCUCCUGAAGCCGGUGAGAUUAUCGGAUGUGAAUAAGCUCAGACCCCACAUAAUGAGAACCAAGAAGCUCGAGAAUCCGAAACAGGAAUCACGAGAAGAAUCAGAGGGACAUGGUGAGAUUCGAUCGCAACCACCACCGUGCCAACAUGAACUCGAAACCCAACAGGGUCAACACCAUCAAUCCCAGCAGCAGAUUCAACCACACCAGCAACAGAAAUCCAGCAAUAACAACAAGAGAAAGGCCAUUGACGUUGAAGAAGGCCUUUCGCCCGACAGAACAAGAACCAGAUACAGCGGAGUCGCCACUUUCUGAUGAAUCACUACACACCCUUCAAUUUUUUUGUGGCCAUGUAUCUUUUCACUAAUUUUCUCCUUCACAUCCCAUUCCUGCUUACUGCUGGAGCAUACAGAUCAGAGAGAA